AUGAGCUGGAGGAAUGGAAGGAUAAUACUUAUUGGGGAUGCAGCACAUGGUAUGUUGCCCCAUCAAGGCCAAGGUGGCUCCCAAGCAGUCAGACGCUUGUGUUUUGGGCGUUUUGCUCGCUGCCUGGACAUUACGAACUGGUUUGAUAUUUUCGAGCAGAUCCGCAAGCCUCGUGCCGAGGCAAUAACUAUUUGGAGUAGAGCAAUGGGUCGAGCAUUUGAUGACCUUCAAUUGAGGCAGAAGGAGUGGAAUUCCUGCGCAAAAGCUACUCAUGGAUUUUCAUUACUAGGCCUUGGAGGGGUGCGAAACCAGAUGAAGAAGUCUUUUGGGCCAAACUCGGUUGAAUGGGAAAACCCCACGACCCUUUCAGUGUCAGCUCCUGUUAUUCGUUGCUUCGUUUGGUAA